UAUUCCAUUCAGGCAGCCUGGGGAGGGGGUGCAUUCCUGUCACGUGAUCAUAGGUAUUUAUUUACAGGUGCUCACAGGUAAGGAACCAAAAGUGUUGUAUCCUUUUCUUUAUAAUGAUUUAAUCAUGUUUGUCAAAUUUAAGUAUUUAAGUUUGUAUCGUACAACUCACAUCUAACAAGUACUACAUACACACUGUAUACUUAAAGACAGGGCCGGCCUUAGGCCACUGCAACCUAUGCGGCCGCAGUGGGCCCCGCACUUUCAUAGGCCCCGCGCUUAUUAAAUAAAAUGCAAAGACGAAUUUAUUUUCUAAUACAAAAUCUUAAUUUUCACUUAUUAUCCUUAUCCCUACCCAGACUGGGCCCCGCGCAAUCCGUUUCUCAUAGGGCCCCGCAGUUGUUAGGGCCGGCCCUGCUUAAAGAUAGGCUAAAAUUAACAAAUACAUUUAGGCUAAUAUAUACACACAUUACACACACAGUAAGACAAUCAGAGAUUAACAAUGUUCUCGGUUUUAUCCCCAAAAGAGCCGACUCCAUCACUUGGAAUCCUCACAAGAUGAUGGGCGCCCCACUCCAGUGCUCAGCGUUCAUCACUAAACACAAAGUAAGGCAGCAUUUCAUUUUUAUGUAAGUAAAAGUGAUUUUUUUUUUUUUACAAAACGACUAGACUAUCAGUUCAUAAUCAAAUGUACAUGUAUGGACAUCUGAGAGAAGACAUAUACCAUAAUCAUAAAAACACAUCUCAUUCUUUCUGAUUGCCUCUCCUACCCCCUUUCCCCCAACACACAAAUGAUUCACAGGGUCUGUUAAAGAACUGUAACGGCAUGGGCGCCACCUACCUGUUCCAGAAAGACAAAGUCUACGACACGUCCUACGACACCGGGGACAUGAGCAUACAGUGUGGCAGGAACAACGACAUCUUCAAGCUGUGGUUGAUGUGGAGGGCAAAGGUCAGGCCACCAAUCUUCUUUAAAAUUUACCUGUUUAGGAAAAAAUGGUUUAUAAUAACUUAUUAUUUAAAGUACUCAGUGGUGUCGCCAAGUAUUUGAUUGGUUACUAUCUUGACAUGACUCGGUCAUUUCAUUGAUCUGACCUCCAGGUCUUCCAUACAUGUUCAUUCUUGUUUGUCAGUUAACGUCCCUUACCUGUCCUCCCCCACCUUACCUCCCUCAACUUACCUCUUACCUAUCUUCAAUCACCUUACCGCCCUCAACUUACCUCUUACCUAUCCUCCCCCACCUUACCUCCCUCAACUUACCUCUUACCUAUCCUCAAUCACCUUACCUCCCUCAACUUACUUCUUACCUAUCCUCAAUCACCUUACCUCCCUCAACUGACCUCUUACCUAUCCUCAAUCACCUUACCUCCCUCAACUUACCUCUUACCUAUCCUCAAUCACCUUACCUCCCUCAACUUACCUCUUACCUAUCCUCAAUCACCUUACCUCCCUCAACUUACCUCUUACCUAUCCUCAAUCACCUUACCUCCCUCAACUUACCUCUGACCUAUCCUCAAUCACCUUACCUCCCUCCCCUUACCUCCAUCAUAUUACCACCCCUCACUUUACCUCCCAACCUUACAUACCUCACCUUACCUUCCUCACCUUACCUACAGUACCUUACCUAUCUAGCCUUAUUUUCCUCACCUUACCUACAGUACCUUACCUAUCUAGCCUUAUUUUCCUCACCUUACCUCCCUCAGCAUACCUCUAACCUCUUAUCUUUAGAACCUUUACUAUUCCAUUAAUCCACAAACAAAACUAAUACAUAUAAAAAAACAUACUGUUUUUAAUAGAUAUUUUUCAUUGUUUUUUUUUUUACAUUCGUUUUUUUUAAAAAUAAAAUAAAAUACUUUACCACUAACUAACUUGUCCACUACCAUUAAUUUCACGUACUAGGGCGAUAUCGGAUUUGAAGAGCAGGUCAAAAAGAACUUUCAACUGGCAGCGUAA